UCUUCACGCUGAGGGCGGUGAGGCCCUGGCCCAGGCUGCCCAGGGAAGCUGUGGCUGCCCCAUCCCUGGAGGGGUUCCAGGCCAGGUUGGAUGGGCCUUGGAGCCCCUGAUCCAGUGGGAGGUGUCCCUGCCCAUGGCAGAGGUUGGAGCUGGAUGGGCUUUAGGGUCCCUUCCAACCCAAACCAUUCUGUGGUUCUAUGAUUUGUUAGUUGCUUUCUGCUGUCUUUUCGGAGCAGAACCGGUGUUUGCGGGCUGCAGGCCGCACGGCAGGGUCAGCUCGCAGCAGCGUUGCUGCAGGAGGCUCAUUGUGCAGCUGGGGAAGCCGCACCAGGCAUGGGAUAACCUUAGCGACAGUACUUGUGAGGGGAAGGAAGGAUAAAAUAGGUACUGUCUCUGACAGUAAAAGAAAAUAUGUUUGCAUAACACAUCGAGUCUAUCCAACUUGCAGGUUUUCACAUGGCUGAUGUGUUACUGUCCUGUACAGACUGGAAACCAAACCUAACGUGGAACCAAGACAAGUCAUGUGCGGCAGUUAGAGCCCGUUAGAGCAUUAGGAUGACGCUGAAGUUGUCUUGGUCUGUCAUAUUGUUGCCAUGUGAACAACCUUUCAUGCUUAAUAAAAAGUGAAAAUAAUUGGUGGAUUUAAAGUUAUUGUUACUGAAACUGGUUGAGGCUUUGUAACAGUAGCAGAGCUGUGCUUUUUAAAAUAAGUUCAAUGGGGUAUGAAAUACUUUUGAAUUUAUGUAGCUAAGAAGAUGUAGGCUGUAAGAUGGCUCUAACACGUUAGCUGGCUGUUGGAACUGUGCAGUAAUUCUGGUGCAAUUUGUGUGUGGUCAGUGAGCUUGCGGAAACAGGAAGGAAUAAGUGUGGCUGCAACUUCUGAAUUUUUAGCAGUACCAAAUGAAAACCUAAGGAAACAGCCACAAAGCAGAGUGGCAGGAAUGCUGGCAAAAUGAUUUUUACAUAAUGCAGCAAUGCGUAGGCUAAUAAGUAGGUUUGGUACUGCUAAUGCAGAAGUGGCCAUGGAGAAAUAGUGAACCAGAGUGAAAUGCUUUAAUGCAUGUUUUUUGGUAAUAUGGAAGGCUGACUCUUGUGCUGCCGCAAAGGCUCUGUCUGGUGAACCUGGAGCGUGAGAGAGGCUCCUGGAUUCAUGGCGCAGGCUUUAGUUUACUUCUCCUGGAAGAGCUUCAGUGGCUUGGGGGUGAGGAUGAGGUAGAGCAAUCCUGGGAAAAAAAGAUUCUGUACCAACAUUUUCAGUCUGGCAGGUGUUGAAGGCAUAGAAUGGCAGCAAUUGCAGGAAUGCCUGUGUGUGACAAAAGGUUGAAACCCACUGUUGAAACAGCACCUGCAAGCAGAGGUGUAUCUUGCAGUAUGCACUGGGGGCAAAAUCCCAGUGUGGCCGGUGUCUUAUACACUCUUAGAAGUUGGUUGCACUGGUGUGGCCGAGGAAGGAAUGCUUAGUCUCAUUUCCCUGGAGAGCAUGCGAGAUCAAGAAACUACGUCUCAGAAUCUGAAGCGUGCAGACUGGAAUCUGUACCCUUGGAUUUUGGUGAUUACCAUCCUCUAAAACCCAUCACAGUCACUGAAUCCAAGACCAAGAAAAUGAACCGGAAAGGAAGUACCUCUUCUACCUCCUCCUCUUCUUCUAGUUCUAUGGUGGAUCCAUUGAGCAGUGUAUUGGAUGGUACCGAUCCCUUGUCAUUAUUUGCAGCAGCUGCGGAUCCUGUGACUACUACUGCUACCAUGGAUAGUACACGAAAGAAACGGGAUAAAGAUGACAGCUCAGCAGUAGGAAGUGACUUUGAACCAUGGUCAAGCAAACGUGGUGAAAUCCUUGCGAGAUACACAACCACAGAGAAGCUCUCCAUUAAUCUGUACAUGGGGUCUGAAAAAGGAAAAGCUACAACUACUGGCUCAGCAGUGUCUGAAAAAGUGAGAACAAGGUUAGAAGAAUUAGAUGAUCUGGAAGAGGGGUCACAGAAAGAGCUGUUGAAUUUGACUCAGCAGGAUUACGUGAACCGAAUUGAAGAGCUGAACCAGUCUUUAAAGGAUGCUUGGUCCUCUGAUCAGAAAGUAAAAGCUCUGAAAAUAGUCAUCCAGUGUUCUAAGCUUCUUUCAGACACAACAGUAAUCCAGUUUUAUCCAAGUAAAUUUGUUUUAAUUACAGAUAUCCUGGACACUUUUGGGAAACUAGUGUAUGACAGAAUUCUGUCGAUGUGUGCGGAGAAUCGUGUCUCCUUGCCAGAUAAUUUUUCUCCAGAGAGUGUAAAUGAUACAGCUAAAGAGACUUGCUUAAACUGGUUUUUCAAGAUUGCUUCAAUCAGAGAACUUAUUCCCAGAUUUUACGUGGAAGCGGCAAUACUGAAGUGCAAUAAGUUCCUAUCUAAAACGGGGAUUUCAGAAUGUCUCCCACGAUUAACGUCUAUGAUUAGAGGAAUUGGAGAUCCACUGGUUGCAGUCUAUGCAAGAGCAUACCUUUGCAGGGUGGGGAUGGAGGUGGCACCACAACUCAAAGAAAGCCUUAACAAAAACUUCUUUGAUUUUCUUCUAACAUUUAAACAAAUUCAUGGGGAUACGGUUCAGAAUCAGCUAGUAGUACAAUGUGUGGAGUUUCCUUUGUAUUUGACUCUCUAUUCUCCUGCUAUAGAUUGGAUUUUACGGUGCAUUGCAUACCGUGCUCCUGAAGUUCUGCUUACUGAGAUGAUGGAGAGAUGCAAGAAAUUGGGGAACAAUGCUUUGCUGUUGAAUUCAGUCAUGUCAGCAUUCAGAGCAGAGUUCAUUGCUGCAAGAUCUAUGGAUUUCAUUGCCAUGAUUAAAGAGUGUGAUGAAUCUGGAUUCCCAAAGCACCUCCUCUUUCGCUCUUUGGGAUUAAACUUGGCAUUGGCUGAUCCUCCUGAAAAUGAUCGCCUUCAAAUAUUAAAUGAAGCCUGGAAGGUUAUAACAAAGCUGAAGAACCCACAGGAUUAUAUCAACUGUGCUGAAGUGUGGGUGGAGUAUACAUGCAGACAUUUUACGAAGCGAGAGGUCAAUACAGUUUUGUCUGAUAUUAUCAAACACAUGACUCCUGAUCGAGCAUUUGAGGAUGCUUACCCACAGUUGCAGUCAAUUAUUCAGAAAGUUAUUACCUAUAUCCAUGACUUCUCUGUGCUUUUUUCAGUGGAGAAAUUCUUGCCCUUUCUGGAUAUGUUCCAGAAGGAAAGCGUGAGAGUGGAGGUUUGCAAGUGUAUUAUGGAAUCUUUUAUUAAGCAUCAGCAGGAAUCUACAAAGGAUCCCGUUAUACUCAAUGCUCUUCUACAUAUCUGCAAGACGAUGCAUGAUUCUGUGAAUGCGCUAACACUUGAGGAUGAGAAAAGAAUGUUAGCAGCUUUGAUAAAUGGAUUCAUAAAAAUGGUUUCAUUUGGCCGUGACUUUGAACAACAGCUGAGUUUCUAUGUUGAAGCCAGGUCAAUGUUUUGCAAUCUGGAGCCUGUUCUAGUCCAGUUGAUUCAUUCUGUGAACCAACUAGCGAUGGAAACAAGAAGGGUGAUGAAAGGAAAUCAUUCCAGAAAGACUGCUGCGUUUGUCAGGGCUUGUGUUGCCUUCUGCUUCAUUACAAUUCCAUCUCUGAGCAGUAUCUUCACACGUCUUAAUCUGUACCUACACUCUGGACAGGUUGCUCUGGCAAAUCAGUGCCUUUCACAAGCUGAUGCCUUUUUCAAAGCUGCAGUGAGCCUUGUUCCUGACGUGCCAAAAAUGAUCAGCAUAGAUGGAAAGAUGAGACCUUCUGAUGCCUUCCUUUUGGAAUUCCUUUGUAAUUUUUUUUCCACAUUAUUAGUUGUCCCGGACCAUCCAGAACAAGGAGUGUUAUUUCUUGUGCGCGGAUUACUAAAUGUGAUCCAGGAUUAUACUUGGGAGGAUAACAGCGAUGACAAAGAAAGGAUUUAUACUAAUGUUUUGCAUCUGCUGUCUGCAAUGACUCAAGAAACAUAUAUCUACCAUGUAGAUAAAGUUGAUUCCAAUGAUGCCCUGUAUGGUGGAGACUCCAAGUUCCUGGCUGAAAUUAAUAAACUGUGUGAAACAGUGGUAGCACAGAUCUUGGAACAUCUGAAAACCCUUGGAAAAGAAGAGGCCCUAAAGCGACAGACCCAGUUGGCACUCUAUUUCUUUAACACUAUUUUAGCUCAUGGGGAUCUGCGAAACAACAAACUAAACCAGCUUUCAGUCCAUCUCUGGAAUACUGCUCAGAAACAUGGCUAUGCUGACACCAAGACUAUGGCGAGAACUCUAGAAUACAUCAAGAGGCGAAGCAAACAACCUGAAAUGAGUCACUUCUCAGACUUGGCCCUUCGGCUUCUUCCUCUGCAGUCCAGGACCUGAUGAAUGCCUCUUUUCCAAGGAGUCAGCUGUACAAGAAAGCAUGUAGCCAAGGCCAAAAAUCACUGAUCUAGAUUUUGACUGGAGUUUAGUGUACUUUUUACUUACUGUGACAGAUUUACUUGGACACAGGUAAAGGUAAAACUGUUCUGAGUGCAAUAACUGAACCUAAAUUUCUGUUUUCAGUUUUACCACUAUAUUCUUACUUUAAAUGCUGUUUCAGAUUCAGUAAAGGGUGUUUUGAAUCUCUGUGGCUGCAAAAGCCUUUUGAAAUUUAAUCUGUUGUCAUUUUAGCAACAAAGGAAAAAGAUAAUCUGCACGGAUCAAUUCACAGCCUCCAAACUUCAUCCCGCUAGCAAAAUACUCUUUCUCCUGUGUAGAAAGAAGUAUUUCGAUAUACUAAUUCUACUAAGUCAUCUUUCUGCUUUAGGGUGCCACCAACAUUUGUUUGGUCAGUUCCAGUAAAAGAGAAAAAUGGCCGCGGUGUUACCAUUCUAAUUUCUACAAUACAUUUUCACAGACAGGUUUAUGCUUUCAUUUUAGUCCACUGGUGUUUUGUAAAAUGGAAGGAAUCUUUAAGUGCUGUCUGGAAAAUGGAAAUGUAUGCAAAGUACUCUAUGUUUGCAAAGUACACUAUCACUGAAUAAAAC